AUGAAAACACCGGAAUUUAGUUUAGAUUCUUUAAAAAAGAAAAAUAGAAAAAAAAAAAAAAAAAACUUGAAUUUCGAAAAAUUCAGUGCCCAUUAUUUCUUAAAAUUACCAAUAUUUAUAAUAUUAAUGAUUGCAUUUUCUUUAAAUGCUUUCAUAUAUUUAUUUAUUAGAUGUUUUAUAUAUUUUUUUGAAAACAUAUCCUUUUUUGUAGUGACCAAGUAUAAGGAUUUUUGUAGAUAUGUAAAAAAAAAAGACCAUUUGAAAGAAAAUAAAGAUGAAAUAUUUUAUGAGAAAAAUGAAAGUAUUUUAAAGAUUGAAAGUUUAAUGGGGACUUGCAAUAAUUAUUACGAUUAUAUAAAAUAUGCAUAUCGAAUGGAUGUUCUAACAGGAAAAAUUGUACAUAUAAAUGAAAAUGAUGAUUAUAUAAAUAUUUAUGAUGUAAACUUAUUAAAAAAGACAUCAGAAAGUAUAAAAAAUAAUUUAUUAAAUAAUGACAUUUUACUUCUCCUUGAAGACAUUAAAAUCGCUACAUCCCCUCGAAUAAAGGCAGUGUUUCAAGAAAAAUAUUAUUGUAAAACAUAUUCUACCCCACAUAUAAUAGUCACAAAUUUUAUUAAUAAUAUAUUAAACGGGUUAAAUUAUAUAGAAAAUUAUGUAAAAGAACAAAAAGAAAAAAACUAUAAUUAUCUAUAUUCAGAUGAAUAUUUAUUAAUUAAAAAGUAUUUUAAAGAAAUUUUUCGGCAGUGGGGGAACACAGCUUUAUUUCUAAGUGGUGGUGCCAUUUUAGGAUUACACCAUUUUGGUGUUUUAGAAACUUUCUUAAAGGCCUCUAUUAAUAUAGAUUACUUUAAUGAUUUUAUUAAAACAAGUAUGAAAAAAGAAAAUAUUUCAAAAAAAAAAAAAAAAAAUAUAUCCCUUAAAAGAAAAAAUAAUUCAAACAAAAAUAAGAAUAUUGAUGUGAAAAGUGACUUAAAAAUGGGCAAUUUAUUUUUAAAGGAAAAAAAAAGGAAGAAUAAAAAAGAAAAAAAUUAUAAUCUUACAUUUAAUCGUAAUAAUCCUUCUUCUACAUAUAAGAAAUUGAAGUUUUUUCAUAAUGAUGAACUAAACUUAGGAGAGAGUAAUAAUACUGAAAAUACUCAACAAAAUGAAUGCAAAAUAAAAAGUAAUAUAAUUAAAAACAGUUUCAAUGAGAUUAAUGAAAUAAAAAAUGGAAAUAGUUCUGAGAAAAAAAUUAAGGAAGAUACUUUCAUAAAAAAUAAUAAGAAAGAUAAUUUUUUGAGUAAUAGAGAAAAUGAUUUUGUGAAAAAUUUUGAAGAUAACAUCAUGCCUCAAAUUAUAUGUGGAACUUCAGCUGGAAGUAUAAUUGCAGCAUGGAUAUGUUCAAGAACAAAUAAAGAAUUAUUAGAGGAAUUUAAUAUUGAAUUUAUUUAUAAUAUUGUUUCAUGUUUUUCUUCAGAAAAUUGGUUUUACUCCUUUUUUAAUAUUUAUAAAAAAGGUAAUUUCUAUGAUAUUGAUAAGAUUAUAAAAAUUAUAUAUAAUUUAUAUGGUGAUAUGACAUUUCUAGAAGCAUUUAUUAAAACUAAUUUAGUAUUAAACAUUACUGUUACUAGGGCUGAAUGCGAAAAUAACACUUUCAGUUGCGAUGAAGAUGGCCAUAUUGUAUUAAAUUAUAUGAAUUCUCCUAAUGUUUUAAUAUAUACAGCUGUAUUGGCUAGUUGUUCAUUCCCUUAUUUAUUGCAACCAUUUAAAUUGUUAGAAAAAAAAUAUAAUAAAGAAAAUGUUUAUCGCUUUAUGUCAAUAAAUCAAAUAAGUAAUUCAAAAUUAAUAUUAAAUAGCUCUAGUAAUAAUACAUGUGAUAAUGAAAUUCCAUUAAAAGAAGAUGAUGAAUUUCCAAAUAUAAAAACAGGAAGCAUCAAUAUAAAAUAUGAAAAAAAAGAGAAUAAUUUAAAUAAAGUUGAUUCAGCUAAUAUAAGAAAUAGUAGUUAUGAUAAUUAUUUUAUUCCUAAUGAUACACAAAAUAGUUGUACUGUAAUAUAUGAAAAAAAAGAUUCAUGUUGUGGAGAUGUUGAUACAUAUAUAAAAGAGAAAAAUAAUUUUAGUAAAAAUGUUUCAAUGAAAAAUAAUAUAAGAAAUAAAUUCAAUAAAUCAAAUGAAGACUAUGUGUAUAAAAAUAAAGAAGAUAAAUUAAAGGGAAGAAUAGAUAAAUUAAAUUCUCAGAGUGCUGAUCAAAUUAAAAAUAUAAAUAAUUCAAAUAACUACAUGAAAAAUGAAAUCACCAAUACAAAAAAUGUAAAAAAAGUUAAAAAUACUUCUGAUAGCUCAGAUUUGUUCACGAAUGAUUCCAAAAACUCUAUGAUAAUGAAAGACAAAAAGGAGGAAUACAAUAAAAUAUCUAUGAAUGAAUUUUCAAGAAAAAAAAUAUUAGGAAUUGAAAAUUGUGAAGAUGCAUAUGAAAAAAAAGGUGACAUCAAUUUAGAGGAAAAUAAAAGAGAACUUAAGAAUCAUUUCAGUAAUGAAAAUAUAAUAAAGAAGAAAAAUUAUGAAAAAAAAAAAAGACAUAAUGAAUUUAUUGAUUUUAAUGAAUAUAAAAAUAUAGAUUUAUUAAAUGAAGAAUAUACAAUAAUAAAUAGUGUUCAAUUUAAAAAUAUGUAUUUUCAUGAUGGAUCAUUAAAAAGUGAUAUACCAGCCCGUAAUUUAAAUCAAAUAUUAUCUGUCAAUUAUAGAAUUGUUUCACAAGUAAAUCCUCAUGUAUUUCCUUUUACUGGGGUAAGAAUUCAUGGAGAAGCUGGUAAACCAGUCAAAUGGAGAGGGAACUAUGGAAAUUGGAGAGCUGGUUUUUUAAUGUCAUGUAUGGAAAUAUUAUUCAAAGAAAAUAUGAGAUAUAUUUUAAGAUUAAUGGCAUUAUUAGAUCUAUCACCAACAAUUAGAGGAUUAAAUGCUGGUUCAAUAGCUAUGCAAAAUUAUAAUGGAGAUAUAACACUGCAUCCGAAAAGGUUAUAUUUAAAACAUUUUAAAUUAAUAAGUGUAUCUAAUUAUGAUGAUGUAGAAUGGUAUAUACAACAAGGAAGACAAAUGACUUUUCAAAAAUUACCUUUAAUUUUGAACAGAAUGAAAAUUGAAAAAAAAUUAUUAAAAAUGAAAAAAUGUUUUUUUUGA